UGUACCUAUGUAAUAUCAGAGACACUGGUCUUUUAAGAAGUGUUGUAUUUAAAAAUUAAUUUUUAAAAGCAUAUGGUAUUAUUUUAGUUAGUCCUUGCAAAGUUGCCUUCUAGAAUUGUCACAAUUGAGAGUCAUAAUGAGUUCCAACUCAAUUUUUAUACACAUGGCUGGUGCAACUGCUGCCACACAUUCAAACUUGACUGCAGCUGGUAAUGCAGUUCAGGGUCCUAUUGUUGUACUCAAAAAGAAGACAAAAGGCCCUGCAGGAUCCUUCUGUGUGCGCCGAGCUGGAGCACCAGCACCUCCACCAGUCGGAGAACUUGGUAGAACUUCCUCAGCUAGCGACAGAACAUCAAAAAUAUUUACAAAAUCAAAAACAACUCCCACACAUCGAAAUCUCUCCAAUGGUGCUACUACUGGCAAGAAAGUUACAUUUUCAAUUCAAUCUUCCAAACCAAUUAUUAGCGAUCCUCAAGAAAACAAUGCCAAACCUCCAACAAAUGUUUUAAGUUCUAAAAUAACUCCUGAAUCCUCAAAGAAAAAAGAAGCAAAACCAUGCGUAAAACAAAUUUUAUCACCAUAUAAGAAGCAAAACAUAAAAGUUCCUUUCAAAAAUGUGAAUGAAAAUGCAGCAGCCACGAAUAGUCAGAGCUCAGAGGCCAGCUCUGCCAAUCAUAACUUUGAUGGCCAUCGUGAUGACAAUUCUCAUAGUCAUGCAAAUCGUACAAGCCAGUCUUCGUCCAAGCAGUCAAGUUUUGUCUCUUCACUUUUUGCCGGCAAUCCAAAAAUUCCCACUCUGCCAAAAGUUGAUGUGUCUCCAAUUCAAGAAGAAGUAUUUUCAUCUGAUAGUUUCGAGUCUCUUGAUAUCAAUCCAGUUUUGGUUUCUCACGUUAAUAAAUUGGGAUACUCUUCAUUGACGGUAGUGCAACAACGCGGUAUUCCUGCAAUCCUCAAAGGCUCUGACGUUCUCAUCAAGAGCCAAACCGGUUCUGGCAAAACUCUCACCUAUGCUCUACCUAUUGUUAAUGCCUUAUUCACGAGGACACCUCGAGUUGAUCGCAGCGCCGGAGUGCUGGCCCUCGUUGUUGUGCCCACCAGAGAGCUUGCCCUGCAGACCUACCGCUGGCUGGAGGACCUCUGCAGGGCAUGCGUUUCCAUUGUUCCUGGAUACUUGAUUGGUGGCGAAAAAAAGAAAUCCGAGAAACAUCGUCUGCGUCGUGGCGUGAAUAUCUUAGUUGCUACGCCAGGUCGCCUUCAGGACCACAUCAGCACAACCGAGUGCCUCAAGCUCAGCCAAGUGCAGUUCUUCGUCUUGGACGAGGCUGAUCGCAUGCUGGAAAUGGGCUAUGAGAAAGCAAUAUCUGGCAUCUUGGAAGCUCUCGUGGAAGCUAAACUUCAUGGUGACGAGAAGCGGUUCCUUAGUAAGCAUGAGGCUGUCACCAUAAAAGAUGCCAGCAAACGUAGGAUGGCAGAUGAAGAAGAAGAAGACUCCGAACAGGAAUCUAAUCCAAGCAAGAAAUUCAAGAGCAAUAAUUCAGAGGCAAUAGCUAUGAUGACAAAUAACAGUAUGAAGCCAAAAGAUGGCAAAGCAGCGCUUCAGACAAUCAUGCUUUCUGCCACGCUCACCGAGGAAGUGCAGAGGCUUGCAGGUCUAAGUUUACACAGCCCUGAGGUGGUAGACGUGAGCGGCGACGGCAACUUGGACGACCUGAGCGCCGUGACGCCGGGCUUGUUGGUUCAUCACUACACGUUGGUGCCUGCCAAGCUCAGACUCGUCACGCUAUUCGCCUUCAUCCUCAGCAAGUGCAUGUACGGCGCGCACCGCAAGAUGCUCGUCUUUAUGGCCACUCAAGAUAUGGUCGAUUACCACACCGCACUUCUGCAGACCGUUCUUGCCAGGUAUGGGAGAAUUGAGAAGAAAACUCCAGUCAAGAGCGAAGAAGAGAUGCAAGCUGAUCAAGUGCUGGACUUCUUUGAUGCCAAGAAGAAGAAGAAAAAACCUUUGGCGGGAGAAGCUAAAAAAGCUGACGUGGAAGUAGACGAUGAGCCUCUUAUUCACUUCAUGCAGCUGAGGGGCAACAUGUCGCAGGCUGAACGUACAAACGUUUUCAACCAGUUUCGGACCGCAAGUUCUGGUGUCCUCCUUAGUACGGACGUGGCGGCGCGGGGCCUGGACCUGCCUAGCGUGUCCUGGAUCGUGCAGUUCACGGGCCCGACGUCGGUGCGGGAUUACGUGCACCGCGUGGGCCGCACGUCCCGCGCUAACACCCGCGGCGACGCUCUGCUGGUCCUCGCUCCCUCGGAGGCGGGCUUCAUUGAGCAGCUCGAGAAAAGUAAAAUUGCACUCAGUGAAAUCAAAGUGGAGAAGAUACUCAGAGCCUUUAUCCUCCGUCCUCCAAAGGUUGACCCUGAGUUUGUGCUGCCCCGUAGUCUUCAGGAGGGCGCCACAAAAUUACAACUUCAGUGCGAGCAUCUGCUUCUCUCCGACACCACAGCCCUGAGCAUGGCAACCAAGGCUUACAUGUCCUUCAUACGCGCCUAUGCCUCGUAUCCUCGCGAUAUGCGCCAAAUCUUCUGCUACAAAGCCCUGCAUUUGGGACACUACGCCAAGAGCUUUGGCUUGCGAGACGCGCCCUCAUGUUUGCAUGCUCACCAGACCUACCGAGCCCAGGCAGCUCACAAACUCCAUCAGGAGAAACAAGUUGUUAGGCAGAAGGCUCAGUUCAAGAAAGUGCUAGCGCAGAAGAGCGGAGCCCAGCCAAAGAUGGCGACCAUCUCUGAGUUUGACUCGGGUCUUGACGAUAUCACUCCAAGUCGCUCAAUGGGAGCUCCCAAGAAGAAACCAAGCGUUAUUUCUUUGAAGUCAGAAAAGACUAAGAAACUGAAAAAAGUGUCCAAAUCUAAGGCCAAAGUGAAAUCAUCAGCAUAAAAUUGAAUCCUG